CGUGCAGAGUCAAGAGUCAUAUAAUAUAUCCACGUUAAAAUCCCACGGCGCCCGCUUUUCCAUUAAAAACCCACCUUUAGUCCAAACUUCCAACCAUGGUCUACGACUUCCCUAUUUUCAUAAGCCCAUCUCUCUCUCUUUUGUCCACAUUUUUUCUCCCAACUUGUCUUUCCUCUUCUCUGCGACAAAAACAGAGGAUUGGAGAGGUUUUGGUUAUAUAAACAAAGAAUAGAUAUGGAUGGGGAUGGACAGGGAAAAGGAAAGUUUGAUUUUAGUGGCUUUUGAGCUUAUGAAAAUUGUUUAGAGUUGUUUUUUUUUCUACCUCUGUGUUGGGUGUCGUGUAUGGAUAAAGUGUGAACAAAUGGUCCAAAAUGGGUUUUCCAGAAUCUGGGUACUGGUAAAAGAUAUCAAUCCCACUCUGCUUUAGCUCUUUCUGAUCAAAAUAGGAAAAAAUAUCGCAUGGGGUAUUUGUUUAUAGAUUGUUUGGGAAUUGGGAUUCACUAAAGUGAGAUAAGACUGAUCCAAAGCUUGAAUCUUUUUGACGUGUUUGGGGUUUAGGAGAUCUUCGUACUGGUGUAGAAUAUUGAAAAUACGGGGCUUUCAGAAGAUGGGUGUUUUGAGUUUAGAUUGUUUGGAUUUAUUAAGGUCAAAAACCUGAUCGAAAGUUUGAAUCUUUUUGGCAUGUUGGGGGUUCAGGAAAUCUGGGUAUUGGUGUGGUAGAUUGGAAGAUUGGAUUUCUGUUAGUAGUUGUUGUUUAUAUAGAGAAAGGAUUGAUGGGUAAGAAGAAACCUCAGAAGACAAAGGAACUCUCGGUAGCAAUAGCAGAAGCUUCAUCAACUGGAGAAGAAACCCAGCAAGCGCAGAGUCCGUCACAGACACCUAGAAAGCGAGGCAGGCCUCGCAAGAUCCUUGAGAAGACUGAAAGCUUAGAACAAAAAGAAGAACCAGCAGAACCAUCAGCAGCACAAGAAGUUGAAGAGAGUAGUCAAUCGAAGAAGCCUAAAAUCAGCGGUGGAGAACCACCGGAGCUUCAUCAACAACAAGAACCAGUAAAAGCAGAAGCAGGAGCACCAUCGGGUUCUACAAGAGGGAGCAAGAAGGAAGAUGGACAAACUGCAGAGAAGGAAUCAAUAAAACCCACCAGAAGGAGUAGACGAAGAAAAAGUAAACCCAGCAAAAGCAGUUAAUCUGGUAACUUCUCUUCAUCCCCUCUUAUGAAACAAUUAAGGGGAAGAAAACCUGAUUAAACGAAGCUUUUGGUAUCGAUUACAAUGAAAAUUUUACUGCAAAGAACCUGGAAGGGAAAGGCAAAUGCUUUCCAAGUGAUCUUUACUUUGUUUUGAUGUAUCAUUGUUAUUUAUAUUUAGAUUCUUUGCGUUGUUGCAUCAAUGAAUCACGAAAAGGAAGGAAAGCAGAAUGAUUGCUGUUUAUCAUCUUAAGCUGUUGUUGAAGAAAAGAAGUCCGAACAGUUCCCCCAGUGAUCCGAAAAUGUUUGGAGGGAUUGGUUGUUUGCUAAUCAAUAGUGUAUCAAUCAGUCGUUAUUGACUAUCCUCCCUCUUCGUCAAUCGUUUCACAGAGAGAGAUUAUGAUGAGAAGUAAAGGAACAGUGAAAUCUCUAUUUUUGGGGAAGAAGAAAACUUAGCUCUGUAUUUGUUGUUUACCAAUAGCUAGGCAAGCUUGUUCUGUCA